GUGGAAGAAACCAAGCUGGGCAACCAGAUGUGAUCAGAUCCUCAGGCCUUUCUCCACCUUCGUCAUCUUGCUCUUCAUUUCUGUGGGGACGUACAACUCGUACAAGGGCGCGGUGAUGAUGACCUGGCGGACGGUGCUGGCCGGGGUGCUGAUGCUUGGCUGCGGCUACACCUUCGGCGCCCUCCUCGCCAGACUCAUGUGCCUCCCCAGGAAGCAAAUAAUCGCCGUCAGCCUCGAAACUGCCAUCCAGAACGUGCCCGUGGCCAUGUUCGUCCUCAAGCUCUCCCUCCAGACCCCCUACAAUGACCUCGCCUCUGUUCCGAUAAUAACUACAUUCUUGCUCACCGGGUUGCCCCUGUUUCUGGCUUACCUCGUCUACAUGCUCUUGCAACGGUUGUGUGGGUGUUGUCCUGGCCAAGAGCAGACGGAGACCCUGCAGGCGCCACAACAGUUCAAGGAUCUAAGACGAACAACAGAGGGAGUCGAGAGCACUGCUGAAGAAACGUCCCAAAUCCUCCCGAUGUAG